CUUUAUCUCCGCAAUAUCAAAGUCCCCCUCCACAUCCCUCCACCUCCGCCAUUCAAUCACAUCCCACACACCGCACACCAUGGCAAAACUACUGAAGAAACCCCUCAAACUCGCCCUGGUCCAAUUGGCCUCUGGCUCCGACAAAGCCGCCAACCUCGCCCGCGCCCGAACCAAAGUGCUCGAAGCCACGUCCAACGGCGCGAACCUCGUCGUGCUGCCCGAGUGCUUCAACUCCCCCUACGGCACUAAAUACUUUCCCAAAUACGCCGAGACACUCCUCCCCUCGCCGCCUACCAAAGAGCAGUCCCCCUCCUUCCACGCCCUGUCCGAACUCGCGAAAGAAUCCAAGGCGUAUCUUGUUGGUGGCAGUAUACCGGAGUACUGGGAGGAGACGAAGAAGUACUACAAUACGUCUCUCACGUUCGAUCCGCAGGGGAGAUUAUUAGCGACGCAUCGGAAGGUUCAUCUAUUUGAUAUUGAUAUUCCUGGCAAAAUCACGUUCAAGGAGAGCGAGGUGCUUUCCCCCGGUAACAAAGUCACGCUCGUCGAUUUGCCCGAGUACGGCAAGAUUGCCAUCGCCAUCUGCUACGAUGUCCGCUUCCCUGAGCUCGCCAUGAUCGCCGCGCGCAAGGGCGCCUUCCUCCUGCUCUACCCGGGCGCAUUCAAUCUCACCACGGGCAAAAUGCACUGGGAGUUGCAGGCGCGGGCGCGCGCCGUGGACAACCAGGUGUACGUGGGCAUGUGCAGUCCGGCGAGGGAUAUGCAGGCGGAUUACAAUGCUUGGGGCCAUAGCAUGGUUGUUGAUCCUAAUGCUGAGGUGCUGGAUGAGUUGGGCGAGGAGGAGGGGAUUGUGUAUGGGGAGUUGAAGGGGGAGCGGAUUGAGGAGGUGAGGAAGGGGAUUCCGAUCUAUACGCAGCGGAGGUGGGAUGUUUAUCCGGAUGUUAGCGAGGGGAAGGUCAAGUUGGAGGAGUGAGCUGGGGUAUGUGAGAGCUCGUGUAUCUUGCUCACGUGGGGUUGAAUGCAGCCGCGACCAUGGGCGACUUCCGCAGCGACCACAUCAACAACUUCGGUCAGGCCGGAUGGGCAAGGACGAACAGUUCGAGGCAACUCGCGCGACCGCUGCAGUCUGCUUGAAGGGCAUGCCAAUUCCACAGCUCCAUCACUCGGCCUUUUCAAUUCCUCUCCUCGCCGUAUCCCGCAUCUAUUCCUGUCGCAACC